AUGAGAACAAUUCUUUUACUUUCAAUCGCCUUACUUUCCCUCGCCUCGUCUGCCUUGGCAUCUCCAAAAGCCGACCCAAAUCCACAGCACGGCCGGGACUACUAUGAUCACGGAAGAGGUGGUUAUUCACACGGUCCUCCUCCACGCAGACCCCCUCCUUACCGCGAGCCACCACACAGAGGUGGAGGAAGAGGAAGAGGAUAUGAUGAUCAUUAUUACGGAGGCAGAAACGAAGGCAGAAGAGGCAAUUACCGUGGAGGCCACUACAGGCGCGAGAAUUUACUAGACGAAGCCAAAAAUAAGAUUGAGAUCGUCGCAGAUAAAUAA